CUUUUCAUUUAGGCACACCAUUUUCGCUACGACGCUAACCAAUAACAUUUCUCUUCACUGUAAACGGAAGUGAACAGUGACCAAGAACAAUUUCCACGUUAGCGUUUUUAUUGCUGUUAUUUAGACGUUUAUUAACGCCAUGGAACACAAAAUAUUAUUAUUUUAACUACACAGCAUUACAUACUUACGCCAUGUAGUCUUUAAUUCGCGUUGGAGACAGGACUUGGUUGAUAGACGUUAUAGGUAACGCUAGCUGCUAAUAAUGGCUAACUGUAUGGUUUUUCACACGCAAAUAGCCUCCAUCAUGGAGGUGCUAGCGAAUGCAGCCGUGGCAGAGAUCUGUAAACUCGUAGAUGACGACUAUGCAGUGUUUCGUUUGGAAAUUUCUGAAAGCCAGAAACAGAACAGGGCAUUGCGCAGGAAAUUACAGCUACAGGAACUGAAGGUGGCACGGGAGCGCGCCGACAGGACAAUGCGAGAGCGCGUCCUCGCCAGUCGUCCCAGUAGUGGCAAGAUCCUCGACCAAUACAGAGGAAUGGCAAGAGGUGGCGGACAUCUCACUGGAGGCCAAAUAAAUUUUGUGAAGCCAGUGGGACCCAAUGCAUGGCGAGAUGACCAACCAAUCACGGUUGAUGAGGGGAGUGGAACCUCAACCCAGCACGUUAUCAUGAUAGAGGAUGCAGAUGCUGCAGGUCCUGGGGUCAAGCUGGAGAGGUCUGAAGGAGAGGAGGACCCGCAGCACAGCAGAGACUUCCAGACUGGAGCAGCGGCUGGAGUGGCGCCCCCUGUAGCCAUGGAGGACACCACCACUGCCCCAGCGCAGCCCAGGACCCGAUGCAGCAUCACGGAGGAGGAGGGUCCAGAGAUGGUGCUGGUGAAGGAGGAGGGGUGUGAGGAGAGUCUGGGGAACCCUGGGGGCACUAUGGUCAUGGAGGACAACCAGACUACACCUUCUCCUGAACCCACAGAGGAAUUAGCUGAGCAGCACAGGACCACAUACAGUCUCACUGAGUCAGUACACAUGGAGGAUGGGAAGCCUGAUCUGAUGCUGGUCAAAGAGGAGACAACAGAAGAUGGACCAGAGAGCACUGACCUGCUGAGUGGACUAAAGAUGGGGGAGCAAGGUGAUUGGCUGGAGGAUAACAGAGGAGACUGGGCGGCCAUCUUGGAUUCCCAGACUCAGACGGGUGCAGCCAAGGGCCCGGGGGAUGACAUCACUGAGCAGGCCAGGACCAGAGAUGACAUAGUGGAGGUCAGUGGAUGGGACAGCAUCCUCAACUCUGGUCUGGGGAACAACACUGUUAACCAGAAACAGAGAGUUGAACACAAAACAACUGAACCUAGUCUCCAUGACAACAGACUGAUUGAGACAAGGGUGAGGCGUAGACUUGGUCUGCGGGGACAGGGAGGUGUCCGUAUGCGGCGGGAGAGAACGGACACAGACUCUAGCGAUGCUCCAUCCUGCUCCUAUAGUCGUGAUUCAGAGACAUUGGUGGCGCCUCAGGUUAACCCCCUGACAGGUGCUGCCUUCAGCCUGCCGUCUAUAGGAUCUAUCAACUGGAACAUGGACCCUGCGACAACACAGACACUCCCUGGCCUUCAUGCUCCUCACACUCUCCUAAUGUUAAACCAGAACUCAGACAAUGCCAGUGCCUCAACACUAAAUGGCUACACAAGCCCAUUGACAAAUGACAGUAGUAGAGAUGGAAUCAGUAAAGGUGGCAGCGCCAAAGAGAAGCGAUUCCCGUGUUCGUUCUGUGGGAAAGCCUUCAGUUUCCCUAAACAGGUGGAGAUCCACCAGAGGAUGCACACGGGGGAGAAACCAUUCGGCUGCCACCUAUGCCGGGCCAAUUUCUCCCACUCGUCCAGCCUGAAGAGGCACCAGAGGGUCCACACAGGGGAGAAACCCUACAAUUGUCCCCAGUGUGAGAAGAGGUUCUCCCACCAGCACCAGCUGAAGAUGCACCUGAAGAUCCACACGGGAGAGAGGCCGUUCGCCUGUACGCAUUGUGGGAAGAGGUUCUCAGAGAGAAGCUACCUGAGGAUACACCAGCAGAAAAUGCACACGGCCCAUGUAAUGUAGAACUAGUUCGUUUGUUUGUCGUCAAUUUAGUUGGUUUUGGAUGUAUAGGGAACUUCAACUGGAUGAAGUGAACUGGGGAAAGAAUUAGUAUGAGGCAGAGUAGAUAUGGUGAUGGUUGGUGUGAUAAUGGUUGGUGUGAUAAAAUGCUUCACUGAUUAAGAGUGAUAAGUAUGUCCCUUUUUAAGUUGAUGCUGGUGUUUAUAGUGACAUGAGGAUAGUGCCUUAAUUCAUGUUUACUUGAUAUAAAGUAGUAAAGAUGUGUGUAAUGUUGAAUUUUAUCCAAAGUAUUCUAAAAUUAAUUUCAUCAAAGCGAGGGUAAAGUGUUAGCAUAGUGAGAACAGUUAUUCUACUUGUCACGUAUCGUUUUGUGCAAUAAAAGUAAUGUACUUCAAAGUUGUGAGUGUUGUUGAAAUUAAAUACAAAAUUGACUCUGUG